CCCCGUCACAAACCUCUCGAAUUUGACGAUAUCACACCUUUCGACUCUUCUGUCUCAGCGCCAACCCAUCUCGACAGACAGAUCAGCCCCCCGACCGACAAGAUGGCGGACGUCGACACCCCCGUCACCCUGCGAACUCGCAAGUUCAUCCGUAACCCCCUGCUUGGCCGUAAGCAGAUGGUCGUUGAUAUCCUCCACCCCGGCCGCGCCAACAUCUCCAAGGAUGAGCUCCGCGAGAAGCUCGGCUCCUUGUACAAGGCCACUAAGGACCAGAUCAACGUCUUCGGUCUCCGCACCCAGUUCGGUGGCGGCAAGACCACUGGUUUCGCCCUCGUCUACGACUCCCCCGAGGCCAUGAAGAAGUUCGAGCCCCACUACAGACUGGUCCGCGUUGGCUUCGCCAGCAAGAUCGAGAAGGCCAGCAGACAGCAGCGCAAGCAGCGCAAGAACCGCCAGAAGACCCUGCGCGGAACGGCGAAGGUCAAGGGUGCCAAGAAGAAGAAGGAAUAA